AUUGGGUUAAUAACAUAUGAGAUGAAGAAGAAUCGUUUUACCUAUAUUUUUGGUAAAAAGGUAAUUCUAAUUCCAUAUAAAAAGGAGCACGUACCAAAAUAUCAUGAAUGGAUGAAAAAUUCUGAAUUAAGGCAACAAACUGGCAGUGAAUAUUUAUCAUUAGAAAAAGAAUAUGAAAUGUGCCAAACCUGGCAAGAAGAUGAUAAUAAAUGCACUUUUAUUAUAUUAAAUGCUGAAAAGUAUCAUAACAAAAGUAAUGGAUUUAAGAGUGAGAGAUCCAAUUCCUCAUGUCUACCCUUUAAUAAUAGAACUAUUAAGCGUGAUGAAACAGAAGCCAUACCCAUAAGUGAUUUAAAUGAUGAUCUCAAAUCAAUAAACCUUCCUCUUGAUAGUACCCAUAAACCUCUCAAUGAUUUUUAUACCGAUGAAACAUUUAAUAAAGGAGAUGAUAAUGACGAAUUUACACUUAAUAGUAGUAAUUGUUCUUUAAAUUGUGGUAACACUUCUAAAUUGCAUGAGAUAUAUUCUAUGGUUGGAGAUAUUAAUUUAUUUAUAACAAACAAUGACAUAAUAAAAAAUAAUUGUAAUAAUCUUCACAAUUCAUGCAUUAAGCAGGCUGAAAUAAAUAUUAUGAUUGCUGAUACUUACUCAAGAAAUAAGGGCUUAGGAUUAGAGGCUAUCUUGCUCAUUCUUAAAUAUGGCAUUGAAGUUUUGGAGAUUUCCCAUUAUUUUGUGAAGAUUUCUUAUGAAAAUUUGAUCAGCAUUGAUUUAUUCAAUAAAAUUGGUUUUACUGAGAAAGAAAGGUCGGACGUUUUCAACGAGGUAACCUUAACACUGGACAUAUCAAAAGGCUUUUCGGAGUGGCUCAAUGAGAACACGUCGGAAUCCCAAAUUGUUGACAAAAAUUUCAACUCUCAAUGCAUGAAAUUUUGUUUCGCAUCCGCAACCUAAACUUUUUUUGGGAAUUCAAUUUUUUUUUAAAAUAUUUCAACAGAUGGAACAAAAUAUUAUUAAAAUAAUAUUUGUAUCAUAGUUUUGUAAAAAAAAAAAAGGUGAAUUAAAUUCUGAUAUAAAUUGUAACAUAAUUUUGUGAUAAUUGUAAUUUACCAUUGUAAUGCCAAAUAUAUAUUGAUUA